AUGAAUGAUUGGCCCUUGGCUUCCCAUGCACGGCUCCGCGUGAAUAGAGCGCAGCAGAGUACUGUAUGGGAAGAAAAAUGCGCCCAGAUGAUGCGAUUGAGUGGCGCCUUCGGUCGCCCGCUUCGAUGCCGCCGCAAACUCUCGCGCAGUCGUGUACGACAAGUAUAUGCCGGCCCCGGAUCGUCCGCAGGUAAUUGGCCCUGCAACGGCACUGCACCCCAGCAGCAGGCAGCGACAGCUCAAGCGCAACCGGGCGUGGUGUUGCAGGCGCCAGAAGACGGACCGUGCUGCGACGCCGCACGCGGGUGGUAG